AUUUUAAAAAAAGUUUGUAGUAAUGGAUCUUUAAAACGAUACGAAUAGAGCAUGCAUUUCUGGAUUAACAAACCGGCGGGCAGAUAUUACAGUUUUACUGGUCACCGAUGCCCCGCCACACCUUUAUCAAAAACACGCUUUAAUCAAUGUAGAUAUAAUGCAGAUAUGAGACAAAUGUUUACACCACUUCAUCGAUUUCAAAAUCUGAAUACUAUGGGAAAUAUAGCUGGUCCUAGUAACAUGAAUAGUUGCAGAAUGCUAAGAACAGCAAUAAGAACAAAUAAUGAAAAUCAAAACAAUUUUCCAGUUGGUUCUACUCAACAUUCUCAACUGAACAACAUCUCCAAUAAUGUAACAACUGCAGGAAAUAAUCAAUUAAUAUUAUCAAAUACUACAUCAAAUGGAACAAAUAGAAGUCUUUUAGAUUUUUCGGAAUUUAAUGAUGCAGAACUUGCAAGUUAUAGAUUACGAUGUGGUGUUUGGAUAACAUUUGUACUUGCAGCAGGUUUUGUUGCUGCUGCAAAAUUUUACUUUGGAGACAAGGGUCAAGGUAUAGAAAUAUUUAUAUUUUGGGGGUUAUUGACAUUAUCAUUAUUUGCGUGUUUAUACUCUAUUUUAUAUUGUCGAAAUCAACGUAACAGUCAUGAAGAGCAUCAAAUUCAAGAAGAACACAUCACGUCUACAACUACAAUGCCCAAUGAAAAUAUUAGACCUAUUUCUAUAAUAAGACAGAAUCCGCCACCACCUUACCAUAUUGCUAUUCUGAUUCCACCAAGUAAUGCAUCGGAUGAAGCUCCACCACCGUCUUAUGACAAAGUUAUGCGAUAAAAUAAUAUAAAAAUGUAUAAAAUUUUAUCACUAUUUUUUCAUAUACUACAUUUUGUAAACAUAAAUUGAUGCUCAUAAAAAGUUCAUCUCUAAUUAUAUUAGCUAGAUAAACUUUUACAUCUGUGAUACAAAUAUUAAUAUAACAUCUUGAUAAUAUCUGUAAUUCAAAUAAAAUAUAGAAUUACUUGUAACAUCCAGGGCAUUAUACAAUAUCUGAAUUAAAAAAUUAGUAUGAUGUCCAUGAUACUUUAUGUCUAAUGCAAUAUAAUGUGUAUUUCUUUUUUUUAUAAAUAAAUGCUUAUAAAUGCUUUUAUUUAAGCAAAAGAUAGAUAUACAAAAUGAUUUAUGAUGAAAGAAUACAUUUCUUUGCUUAUAAAAAACUUUUUCAUAAAGAACAUAAAGAAAUCAUUAUAUUAUGAUAUAAUUAUAAUUAACAUAAAAUUAAUAUUCGUUUAUUUAUAAAAUGAAAUUAUUAUACAAUAAAAUAAAAUUUAAAAUUAUAGAAAAAAUAAAUAUAAAAUUAUAUUUAAUGCA